AUGGCGCGCAAGAGAACCUCCCGCUUAGACUGCACCUCUGCUGGCAGAGUAACCGCCCAACUGCUCUUAUCCUUCCUCGCUGUAUCCACGACAACCCACGCGACACCCGACCAGCGAGCGCAAGUCGCCUUCGGUGAUUCUCCUGUCUUAUCGCCUUUCAUACCAGAACCCGACCUAGAACCCCCGCCGCCGGCGGAGCACACCUUCACAUUACGCCACAUCCUGCAUCACGGAACCUACAGGCAUCCGGGCCUUCACCGACGACGGGAUGUGCCGGAAGCCCAGGCAGCCCAGGUAUGGCUUGCCUCCGAGGACGGCCACCAGGCAGAGAGGGUGCCUCCUCUGAAGGCCAGGAGCUCAUCUCGAAAGAUCGAGCGGUUAGUCGAUAGAAGACCCGCCGUGGUAGAUCCCAUGGUUGCUGAAGCAAGAGAACGGGGUUACGUGCUGGCUGGCCUUCCCUCCGCAUGGACCAUUGAUCAUGUUCCUGCGCCCAAUGUCACAGAUAAGGAGACCGUCUUGAGCAUGGCUCUGAUUGCCUCAGACGCUUAUGUUGCCAUUCCAGGCAUGCCCGAUUGGGAAGAGGUGGGCGAGCCAUUCAAUAGAAGCGCCGACUUCGGCUGGGAGACAGAUGGCUUGCGAGGCCACGUCUUUGCCGACGAGAACAACUCCACCAUCGUCAUCGGCCUGAAAGGAACGUCGCCCGCUGUAUUUGAUGGAGAAGGCACCACCACCAACGAUAAAGUAAACGACAACCUCUUCUUCAGCUGCUGCUGCGCCCAGCAAGGACAAUGGUCCUGGCAUCAAGUAUGCGACUGCGCCACUAGCACAUACAGCUGCAACAACACGUGCGUGGUCAAGGCACUCCGCGCUGAAAACCGCUACUAUCAGGCUGCUCGAGAACUAUAUUCCAAUGUUACCGAGAUCUACCCAGAUUCCAACAUCUGGAUCGUUGGCCACUCCCUCGGUGGAGCUGUCAGCUCCUUGCUCGGUCUGACCUACGGUUUGCCUGUUGUCACGUUCGAAGCCGUCCCAGAGGCGUUGGCCGCUGGACGCCUUGGCCUUCCCGUCCCUCCGCAUGCCGAUCCACAGUAUCCUCAGACGCGUGAAUAUACUGGAACUUACCACUUCGGGCAUACUGCUGAUCCUAUCUAUAUCGGCACCUGCAACGGAGCCACAGCCACCUGCUCAUUUGCUGGUUACGCCUUGGAAUCAGCGUGCCAUACAGGGUACGAGUGUACAUAUGAUACGGUCGGAGAUAAGGGCUGGCGUGUCGGAAUAGGAACGCACAAGAUCCGAGCAGUCAUUAACGAUGUUAUUCGGAAGUAUGAUACGGUACCCGAGUGUAAGUAUACUCCGGAAUGCAGAGAUUGUGGAAACUGGAAAAUGUACGAAAGCAAUGGGACGGAAUCAACAACUUCUUCAAGCUCUAGCACCACAACCAAAGCUUCCAAGACACGUACCAGGACUGCAACCUGUGAAACGCCCGGCUGGUGGGGAUGUCUUGACGAAACUACCACUACGACGGGAACUACGACUUCGACAACAUCCUCUACUACAACUACGUCGACAUCCACGUGCAAGACGCCCGGAUGGUUUGGAUGUCGUGACAAAGACGAUGCUACAACAACGAGCACCACAUCAAGUUGCAGCAUUCCAACCGCUACGACCACUUGCGAAACGCCUGGUUGGUUUGGAUGCAAGGAUAAAACGGCAGCAACUAGCACAACCUCACGUGAACCACUCAUUACCUCACCGCCCCCAAUACCUGCGGAAUUACGGUAG